UACUGACGAAUCAUUUAUCAUUUGACCACUACUGUGGUCACACGGGUCAACUAAUAUGGUCUAUUUUGUACGAGCAUGGUCCAUAAUUUGCGUAGUGUUAUUGACGUGUGUGAUUGUGAACGCUAAUUUUAAACCUUUUCGAGCCGCUUUAUACUCUAGUUGGAUUACUUGUAACCAUACCAAAACUUUGGACCUCGAUGUCAGCGGUAUCCAAUUGUUCUUCUACGACUUCCAGAACAAUUUCAACGUCAGCUUCACAAUAGAUGGAGCUGCUAACAAUUUUGCUUCCGUCUACAACUUAGACGUAACCAGGCGUUUGAUUUUCUUCGUGCCUGGCUACAAGUCGAAUAUUGGAAAGAAAACCGAGGAACUGAUCAGACAAACGUUUAAAGAUGUACCAAAUAUCUAUCUAAUUAUUGUAGACCACUCACCGUACACAUCAGCGAAAGAGGGCAUGAUCAAAAGUUACGAAAGAUCUGUGCAAUAUGCGUAUUAUAUUGGACGAGCAUUGGGCCACUUCUUAUCAGACCUCCAUAGUAAUGGCUACCAGUCUAAAAAUAUUCAUUGCAUCGGCCAUAGCUUGGGCAGUCAAAUGCUCGGGUACGCAGGCACCACAUACCAGAAUAGAACCACGGAAAGCAUUUGGAGGAUUACGGGUAUAGAUCCAGCUGGUCCUUGUUUUUCAAAUGGAUUCAUACAGGAUCAUAUAAGGUCUGGCGUGGCUGGGUAUGUAGAAGUAUACCAUUGUAACGCCGGUGGUCUGGGCACAACGGCCGUGUUAGCUGAUAUAGAUUUCUUCAUGAACAGAAAGGGGAAGAAUCAGCCACAUUGCGAUGGCGGUAUAAUACCCGGUUUGGCGGAAUCUGAUGCCGCCAAAUGUAGCCACAAAGCGUGUGUUAAGUAUUGGGCAGCGACUGUCCAUCAUUCAGAGUGGUAUUUGGCUUGGGCAUGUGAUUCUUAUGAUUCAUUUCUAACAGGACGCUGUGCAGCGAAUCAAGUGACUAUAGCUGGGUAUUCUAAUCCUGGGAAUGCCACCGGUGUGUUCUAUGCUUCCACUGACGGUUAUGGUGUUGACUAAAAAAAAAUAUGUAAGUUAUUUAAGAGCAUAUCUCUAUAAGAGAAACAAUUGAUACUUUUGUUUGUAAUAUGAAUGUUGUUACGCUUUAAAUUAUUCUUAAAGAAACUGGAGCAGUUGUUAGAGAUAUCAGAAUAACGUUGUUUGAAAAAAAAUAAACGAUAAGGCUGUGUCUUUAAGCAUAUUCUUACGAAGUUUUAGUUAUGUUUAUUUUUUUAGUUUGCAGUGAUAAUAAUGAUGAUAUAAUAUAUUUUUUUGCUUGUAUGAUGUAUUAUCAUCAUAAUAAUGCUAUAUAAAAACAUUUUUUUACAUAUGUU